CCGCGCGCCGCGCCCCCUCCCACCAGGCACACCCCUCCGCCCCGCCCGGCCACAGAGGGCCUGGAGCCGCCCGGCGGGCCUUAACGACCCUCACAGUGGCACGGUCCUCCUCCGCAGCCUGCCGCCAUGGACGUGUACCCCGUGCACCAGCUAGGGCUGCCCCGCUCACGGUUCCCCGGCAGCUCCGGCCGCGGGUCGCCCUCCGUCAGCUGUAGCCGACUCCGCCAGAUACAGAGCAUCCUAACCCAGAGCAGCAAGUCUCGGCCUGAUGGGAUCCUGUGCAUCCUAGGAAUUGAUAGUAGGUACAAUGAAGGCUGCAGAGAGCUGGCAAAUUAUCUUCUGUUCGGUUUAUACAAUCAGAAUAUCAGUGAUUUUGAGAAAACGGGAUUUUCUGAAGAAGUUCUCGAUGAUGUAAUUAUAUUGAUUAAAUCAGACAGUGUCCAUCUGUACUGUAAUCCUAUCAACUAUCGCUAUCUAAUACCCUAUGUGGCACAUUGGAGAAAUCUGCAUUUCCACUGCAUGACUGAAAACGAGUAUGAAGAUGAGGAAGCUGCAGAAGAAUUUAAAAUUUCCAGCUUUGUAGACAUGGUUCGAGACUGUAGUAGAAUUGGCAUUCCUUACAGCUCCCAAGGUCACUUGCAGAUAUUUGAUAUGUUUGUGGUGGAAAAAUGGCCAAUUGUACAGGCCUUUGCACUGGAGGGCAUUGGAGGGGAUGGAUUUUUUACCAUGAAAUAUGAGUUGCAGGAUGUGAGUUUGAAUCUCUGGAAUGUCUACAGCAAGAUGGAUCCUGUGUCUCUGGAGAAUUUGCUAUCAGAAGAUUUGGUUGCUUUUGAACAUCAGUGGACUAGCUUCUUCGCUAAUUUUGAUACAGAAAUUCCUUUCCUGCUAGAACUUUCAGAAUCUCAGGCAGGCGAGCCAUUCAGAAGUUAUUUCAGUCAUGGAAUGAUCUCCAGCCAUAUAACUGAAAACAGCCCUAAUCGGCAGCCAUUUGUACUCUUUGGUAAUCACUCAACUCGAGAAAACUUGAAUGCUGGAAACUUUAACUUCCCUUCUGAAGGGCACUUGGUACGCAACACUGGUCCUGGUGGGAGCUUUGCUAAACACAUGGUAGCACAGUGUGUCUCACCAAAAGGACCUCUUGCAUGUUCAAGGACCUACUUUUUUGGAGCUACUCACAUUCCUUACUUGGGUGGCAGUGACAAGCUGCCCAAGAAAACUGAACAAAUUAGGCUCUUGUCCCAGAUAUAUGCUGCUGUUAUUGAGGCUGUUUUGGCUGGCAUUGCAUGUUAUGCUAAAGCUUCCAGUCUAACAAAGGCCAAAGAGGUAGCAGAGCAGACUCUGGUAUCUGAGUUAGAUUCCUUUGAGCUGGUUCAGUUUAAGACAGCCCUAUGCUCCAAGAUGGCUUUUCAUAUACAUGCUGUGAAUAAUCAAGGAAGAAUUGUGCCUCUGGAGGGUGGAGAUAAUUUAUCCUUUGUGAAAACGGCUUGUAUGACUGUCUAUGAUAUUCCUGAUUUGCUGGGAGGAAGAGGGUGCUUAGGAUCUGUGGUCUUCUCAGAAUCAUUUUUGACAUCUCAGAUCUUAGUUAAAGAAAAGGAUGGCACUGUUAUCACAGAGACCAGCUGCAUAGUCCUGACAGCUGCCAUACCCAGAUUCUGCUCCUGGCUGGUAGAAGAUGAUGAAGUAAAAUUGUCUGAGAAAACCCAGCAAGCAGUGAGGGGAGAUGAGUGUUUCCUGGGCACUUUUCUAACAGGAGGAGAAGGAGCAUAUCUUUAUUCCAGCAAUUUACAGUCCUGGCCUGAAGAAGGAAACUUGCAUUUCUUCUCUAGUGGCCUUCUGUUUUCUCACCGUCAUCAUGGAAGUAUCAUCAUUUCCAAGGAUCACGUGAAUUCCCUUUCCUUCUAUGAUGGGGAUUCUACCAGUGUUGUGGCUGCCCUUUUUAUCAACUUCAGAAGCUCAUUGCUUCCUCAUCUCCCAGUUCAUUUCCAUGGAUCAAGCAACUUUCUGAUGAUUGCUCUUUUCCCCAAAUCAAAGAUAUAUCAAGCAUUUUACUCAGAGGUCUUCUCCCCCUGGCAACAGCAGGAUAAUUCAGGGCUCUCUUUAAAAGUGAUCCAGGAAGAUGGAUUAUCUGUGGAACAAAAGAAAUUGCACUCUAGUGCACAGAAACUCUUUCGUGCCCUGAACCAUCCUGCUGGGGAGAAGUGGAGUUCUUCAAAGCUGCUCUCAGCUAAACUCCCAGAGCUGGACUGGUUUCUUCAGCAUUUUGCUGUCAGCAGCAUUAGUCCGGAGCCUGUGAUGCGGAUCCAUCUUCCGAUCCUGCUGCAGCAAGCUGAAAUCAGCCCUCCUCACAGAGUAGAAAAUGACAAGGUAAUUAUCAGCAUUGUAACUGGCCUGCCAGGCUGUCAUGCUAGUGAGCUCUGCGCUUUUCUGGUCACCCUGCAUAAGGAAUAUGGCAGGUGGAUGGUGUACCGCCAAAUCAUGGAUAGCUCUGAAUGUUUUCAUGCUGCCCACUUCCAGAAAUACCUUUCUAGUGCCCUGGAGGCCCAACAGAAUCGCUCUGCCCGUCAAUCAGCCUACAUCUGCAAGAAGACCAGACUGCUGGUAGUGUUACAAGGCUACACGGAUAUAAUUGAUGUCAUCCAGGCCCUGCAGACCCACCCAGACUCAAAUGUCAAGUCCUUCUUCACCAUUGGUGCCAUCACGGUUUGCAUGGAGCCCCUGAGCUGCUACAUGGAGCACAGGUUUCUCUUCCCUAAGUGUCUUGACCAGUGUUCACAAGGCCUGGUGAAUAAUGUGGUGUUCACCAGCCACACCACAGAACAGAGGCACCCCCUCCUUGUUCAGUUACAGAGUCUCAUCAGGGCUGCCAAUCCUACCACAGCCUUCAUUCUUGCAGAAAAUGGCAUUGUCACCAGGAAUGAAGACAUUGAGCUGAUUCUCUCAGAAAAUAGUUUUUCAAGUCCUCAGAUGCUGCGAUCCCGAUAUUUAAUGUACCCUGGCUGGUAUGAAGGUAAAUUCAAUUCUGGAUCAGUCUUCCCACUGAUGGUUCAGAUCUGCGUAUGGUUUGGCCGUCCCUUGGAGAAAACUCGCUUUGUGGCCAAGUGUAAAGCAAUUCAGUCCUCCAUCAAGCCAAGUCCCUUCUCUGGAAACAUCUACCACAUCCUGGGCAAAGUGAAGUUUUCAGACUCUGAAAGGACCAUGGAGGUCUGCCACAACACUCUGGCCAACUCCCUGAGCAUCGUGCCAGUUUUAGAUGGACCCACACCACCUCCUGACUCAAGAAGUACACCUCAAGACAGCAAUGGGCAACAAGAGUGCUACCUGGUGUUCAUUGGCUGCUCCCUGAAGGAAGAUAGUCUCAAGGACUGGCUACGGCAGUCAGCUAAGCAGAAGCCUCAGAGAAAAGCUCUGAAGACCAGGGGAAUGCUGACUCAGCAGGAGAUCAGGAACAUCCAUGUAAAGCGCCACCUGGACCCACUACCUGCAGGCUAUUUUUACAAUGGCACUCAGUUUGUUAACUUCUUUGGUGACAAGACCGAUUUUCACCCACUCAUGGACCAGUUCAUGAAUGACUAUGUAGAAGAAGCAAACCGGGAAAUUGAGAGGUACAACCGGGAGCUGGAGCAGCAGGAGUACCAUGACCUCUUUGAGCAGAAGUCCUAGAGGAAGUUGGGUCCAUAUACCCACCAGAGAUGGACAAAUGGGGUGUCUAACCCCAGCUCUCCCAGGCACCCUCCUGGAGGGGCUGUCUUUGUCCUCCUUGACUUUUGCGUGCUGCUGGAGUACAUGUUGUCAUUUUUCUCUCUACAGCGCUGAAAGGCAUCACCUGCACCACUGAUUGGGGGGUGGGGGUGGGGAUCCUCAAGGAUGAGCAGACAGGACUGCCCAUUGUGUGCAGCUGUCAGUCCAGGCCCUCUGGGUCUCUGGUAACAGUAGAUUUUUUGAGCUGCUGAGGUACCAUGUGAAGGGAGAAGCAUUUGCAUUGCACAAAGGAACUGCCAGGACUCAGAAGGAACCCUGGCUGCCCCAUCAUGGCAGUGCCUGGGGAAUAAGACCACUCCAGGCCUCAGGCCUCAGAUACUACCCCAGGACCCUCAUCCCCAAUGGGGCUUGCUGCUUCUGCUUAGGGCCUUUCAUUAAAGGAUCUGGCCCUAUUGGCCCUAGGUCUGGUCUGUGGGGGAGCAGCACAAGCCCUGCCCAAGCCAACCCAUAGAGCCAGCUAAGAUCCACAGCAUGUUCGAAAAUGAGGGGAUUUCCCUUGUGGACUAAACUGAGAAAAAGGCAUGUUUUCUAGAAGUGUGUGGCUCUUCAGUUGACAUCAGCAGUCCCCUUGUGAUUCACUCUGAGCUCUCCUGAGGUAUCACUUGUGUCCCAAAUUCAGGGACAAGACCAAACAUGUGGCCCAAGGCCUAUUGACACUGGUUUUCUAUCAAGGGGAGCAUCCUGCAAGUAGUUAGUCUUAGGCUCAGGGAAGGUCUGCUUUUCAAACACAAACUUCAGAAAAUUCAUGCCCUCACCCCCCAACCAUUGUUUCUUAACCCUGGGUUUUCUUGGCUCCAAUGGAUCAGAAAUGUCAAAAGAAUUCUAAUAUGCAAGUUAGAAUUCCUUCCAGUGGCUUUGUUUUCAGAUGGACCAUAAAGCAAAGGGGAAUUAAAUUGUGUUCAUGUCUGACCUUCAUAGUUAGUGUGGAGAUCACAGGCACUGAUAUUUAGGUGAUAUCUAUUAGGAUUUCAGCACCUCAGCUGCCUAGGUUGUAAAUGUUUUCUGAAUUUCAUGUUCUUUUGCAUGCCUUAGAAAGAAGCACAUAGGUGAAACCAGCAUAGUUUCCUGUAAUGUAGAGGGGGUUUUGGGAAAGACCCUUGUUGCAGAGGAUGGAGCCAGGAUGGAGCACAUGGAGUCUGUGUGCAUAGUCACACAGCAUCCUGCAAUGCAAGUAACAAAGCAGUUAUCAAGGGCUCGUCAGUAAAAUAUACGUGUAUUUGAGAAAAACAAUUUAUGCUUGAAAUCAAAUGAAUAAAAUUACAAAUACCAUUGAAUGAGAAAUCUUGCAUUAAGAAAGGCUCCUGAAAUUCAGAUCCAUGUGCUUCAGUCCUAGCUCCAAAAGCCACUGGUGACAAGGGCUUCUCUGUGGAGCCCAAGUCUGGGAGCCCUGACUUCUGGCUGGCCAGAGUUCAGGGCCACAAAUGGCCUGCCUCUGCUUCAAAAUCAAUAACAUAGAUCUUAAGUGCAAUUGAUUAAUAAGCAAUGAGUUACUGUAGCUUCCUUUAGCUCUACCGAGCUCUUUUUAAAAACUCAAACUUGAGCAGCCUUAGAAAAGGGAAGGGGGUGGGGGGGGACACAGGCCAUUUCAUUUCCUCCAGGGGGUUGCUGUGAAGUUUUCAGUAGAAGCUCUAGAUGUAGGAGCAUGAGCCAUUUCCUGGCUGCCCUGGCCUGGCAGUCUGGCUGCUGCACAAGAGUUUUUAAAGGGGGGUCGGAGCCCACCCAUGAAAGUGGGCCUCCCACCACGUGGGGCUACACUACAUGGUGAUCUUGAUUUCUGACCAUUGUCCAUAGAAAUGCUCUCUCACCAACCUGCCCCACUGUCCCCACUCCUCUCUUUGUAGAGGAAAAACUGUGAUUACCUCAACAUGAAUACGAAACUGUGAUUGAAAAAAGGCAAAAUGUUAAGAAGUAUCAAAGCCAAAAUGGCAAAACUGGCUGAGGCCUAUACAGACACUCCCCAGCCUGCUCGGGAGUGUGAAAGGGCACCGUGGUGAAAGGGCAUUCCUGGGCACACUUGCUGUGCUCCUGGUGAAGGGCACAGUAGCAGCACACUGUGAGCUCUUUGAGGACUGGGGCUGGGAGCAUGCAAGCCUCUCUCGUUCUGACUGUAGAGUUUAAUAUCCACUUUAUCCUGUGGGUCAGGGAGCAGGGUCGUAGGCUGUUUCCAGAGAAAAGGCCAUGACACUGUGUUUUUAUCUUAGAAGUGGAUACCAGGGACCCAGCAAAGAUAGGGGGUUCAUUUCCCAGGGACAGGCAGAAGUCCUCCAGGGGCUUACAUGCUUUUUGCCAACUUUCCUGUUAGCAGCUUCAGUUUUAUAUCACCAGAGUGAGUGGAAUAAUGGUGAAAUCACUGAAGUUAUGGUUUAUUUUCCUUUUUUUGGGGGGGGGGGCAUUUCUCUUUCUCUCUAAUUGAAAGGAGGAGGCAGAAAUUGGAGAAGAUGGAUCACCCUAGGAGGGGGCAACAGGCAAGAAGUUUAGUUUGCCCUGCUGAUCCCUGAGGCUCUCGGAUCUGAAGCCUGGACACUGGCCCUUCAGGUGUGAUACAAAGUUCCCUCCUAAAUUCUAUUAGGAUUUUGGAGAAUUUUUGCACAGUAAUAAGCUCUGGGUUGCUCUUUGGGCUUCUCAAAAGGGAAAAGUUCAACUCAAAAGAUUGUAAACUAUGAAGUAUUCCAGCCAUGUUGCUGACUAGUUGGAUAGAUGUACCUCAAAAAGUAGGUGAGAAAUGGCUUUCUCAGUGUCCACUAAUGACAUAAGAGCUCACUUACGUGCCAAAAUUCACUUUUAUACUAGUUUUUCAGUGCUUUAAUAUUUGUAACUUAAAUUUUAAAACUCAUAUUUACAAACACUACUGUAACUUCAGUGAAACUGAAUUGUGUGAUUGAAGCUUUUUGCUUAUUAUAAUAUUUAUUACACUACUUAAUUCAGUAAAUAUAUAAAGUAGUCUUCAAUUUAUUUUUAUAUUAUUUUACAUGUUUUUACCUGCAAUUGUGUAUGUGAAUUUACCUUGGUAAUUAAGAUGUAAUGCUAAAGACCAAUAAACUAUCAUUGAACAAGCAA